CCCGGCGGCGGUGGUGGCGGCGCGGGGCCCGGGGCGCGGUUGCGGUGCCUGUGCCGGCGCUACCAGGACUACGUGCGGCGACACCCGGCCGCCACGGCCCAGCUCGAGGGCACCGUCCGCGGCCUCUCCUACCUGCUGCCAGGUCGCUUUUCUGAUUCUCAUGAACUAUCUGAGCUUGUAUACUCUGCCUCCAAUCUCCUGGUGCUGCUGAAUGACUGGAUCCUCCGAAAAGAACUGCAGAGGACCCUGCCUGUGUCAUUACCCCAGCAGAAACUGCUAACCUGGCUGAGCGUGCUGGAGUGUGUGGAGGUCUUUGCUGAGAUGGGGACUGCCAGGGUGUGGGGUGAGAUGGGUCGAUGGACCAUCAUUGUCCUCAUCCAGCUGGCUAAAGCCAUCCUGCGCCUCCUGCUUUUGCUGUGGUACAAAGCUGGUAUCCAGACAUCUCCUCCCAUUGUGCCAUUGGACAGGGGGCAGCAGCUCCACCCAGAAGGUGUGGAGGGCAGCCCCUCAGAGGAGGAUCUGGCAUACGUUGGCAGGCGCUGCAACCGUGUUGUGAGGUCCCUCAAAAGCACCCCUUCCCUGCAGUCCAGGCACUGGGGGUCUCUGCAGCAGAGGGAAGAGAAACAAAACCGAAAGACGGAGGAGAUGAACCAGGCUCCCACCCCUCUGGGGCUUCAGGAGACCAUUGCAGAAUCCAUCUACGUCACCCGACCCUUGCUCCACUUGUUGAGUUUAGGGGUCUGGGGCCAAAGAUCAUGGAAGCCCUGGCUCCUCUCAGGAAUCCUGGAUAUCACAAGCCUGAGCUUACUGAGUGACAUUAAAAACCUGAACAAGCGGGAGCGGACAGAGUUAAGGCGCCGAACCAUCCUGCUGCUGUACUACCUGCUGAGAUCGCCCUUCUAUGACCGAUACUCGGAGGGCAGAAUCCUCUUCUUGCUGCGCCUGCUAGCUGAUUAUGUGCCUGGAGUUGGGUUUGUCACAAGGCCACUGAUGGAUUACUUGCCAGCCUGGCAGAAAAUCUAUUUCUAUAACUGGGGCUGACAGGGAGAAGGCCUUUCCCUGCUGCAGUGGGGGCUGACUUAGACAGCAGCUGGCUGUCGUGAUGGAGGACGUGUGGGCUUGGGGAGACAAUACUAUCAUGUCUAUUUUCCUGUUCAAUUGGUGACUGGACUCCUGUUCUCCAGGGGUGCUUGUGACUUCUUUUAUAUAAUCUAGGAAUGGAUAACAGACCAAGAGACUUUGGCUACCUACACAACCUGGAGGCUGUGGUUGUGAUGGUAGCGGACCCCUUUUGGAAGCACUUGAUUCUUUUGUACAGCUGCACAGAAUAAAGCCAGGUGGCGGCAAUGCUUUUGGGACCCCUUCCUCUCCUCUGCCUCCCAGGGCUGAGGCACGUCACACGAGCUGCUUGCAUCAUAGUGACACCUUCCCUCCACCUGCUGAGGAAACUGAAAGAGGGGGAGAAUAUCAGGACCUUUGUCUGCCUUGGCUUCUUCCCAACCUCAGCGUGGUGACAGAUGCUGCAGUUCCUGUCACCCUCUGCUCGCACCAGUCAUUGAAGACAACUUGUCUUACACAUAGCUGUGCGCUGAGGUGCAGGCUUUUCAGGGCAGGCAUGUUUCCCAUGUCCAAAUGCACUGUGGACCAUCAUGCACUAUAAGCUGCCGGGUAGCUGAACACUGCUGUGGCUAGCUCCAGCAGAAAAAACCAGGCUCCCCUAGGGACUCGCUGUGUGUGUCAUGUUCUCUGGGUGCUCUGUCAGCCCUUGUACUGCUCUGUUGUAGACUGCUGUUCUCCCUGCUGGUGCUAUGGGUGGUUGGUUCAGUCUAAUUUCCUGGUGGGAAUUGAGUGCCACAGCAUGUAGAUGGCCUGUCUAGCGCUAGUGUGUGCUAACAAGGGAUUGUGGAGUAGCUGUCAGCCAGGGAGCAGGAGCCUGGUAUGGGCAAGGGGCAGAAAGCAGGACAGAUUAGUUCAACAAACAUUUACAAAUGGGCUGUGUGCAGAGCUCAGUGAGGAGGGUGGCCCAGUGGGGAUGCAGGACAACAAAAGUAGCUUAUUUUGCAUAAUCUUUGUGGGCUGAAGAAUGACAGCGGAGCCAAUUUCUCCCAUUACAACUGUAGAUGGGGCAGCCAGGCACUGCAGAUGCCUAGACCCAGAGCUAUGGGUGAUCCUUGGCCUGGGAGGGUUGUGGUCUUGGCGUGCCCCUGCCCAGUAUAGAUGCUCUUCACCCUGCAGUAACUUUCACUCAACAGCAGAACUGUCCCUGGGACAUGCCCCACCAUUUAAUAACACCCAAGUGUAACUCAGCAUUGAGCCAUGGCACUGUGGGGCACGGAAGGGGGCCUGAAAUAGGUGUUGCUGUAUGUUGCUACCACAGCUACCCUCAAAGCAGAGUGUGUGUAUGUGAUUUUUUUGUCUUGGCAUCUGCAUACUGUAUUAUUCCCAGCCUGCUUCUCUGUGCACCAUGCUGGCCUCCCCUGACUUAAGAUAUCAUGCACCAAUGUGCCUAGUCUUGGCAAGAUUAAAUUUUUAUCAAUAAACAUCCACUUCACCUGA